UUGGCAGUUGGCUGGGAUGGGGGUUGGGGACAGACCGUUAUAAAGCUCGGGGUGCUAGGGAGGCAGCUGUCCCUGUCUGGAGCCCGUGUCUCCCUGCCACCAUGGCUACCCACCGCCUAGUGAUGGUCCGCCACGGUGAGAGCACAUGGAACCAGGAAAACCGUUUCUGUGGCUGGUUUGAUGCAGAACUGAGUGAGAAAGGGGCAGAGGAGGCCAAGCGUGGGGCCAAAGCCAUCAAGGACGCCAACAUGGAGUUUGAUAUCUGCUACACAUCAGUGCUGAAGCGGGCCAUCCGGACCCUCUGGACCAUCCUGGAUGGCACAGACCAGAUGUGGCUGCCUGUAGUGCGCACUUGGCGCCUCAAUGAGCGGCACUAUGGGGGCCUCACAGGCCUCAACAAGGCAGAGACCGCUGCCAAGCACGGGGAGGAGCAGGUGAAAAUCUGGAGGCGCUCCUUCGACACCCCGCCACCCCCUAUGGAUGAGAAGCACCCCUACUACAAUGCCAUCAGCAAGGAACGUCGGUAUGCAGGCCUGAAACCUGGGGAGCUGCCCACCUGUGAGAGUCUCAAGGACACCAUUGCCCGGGCCCUGCCUUUCUGGAAUGAGGAGAUUGCCCCCCAGAUCAAAGCUGGCAAGAGAGUGCUCAUUGCAGCCCAUGGGAAUAGCUUACGGGGCAUCGUCAAGCACCUGGAAGGGAUGUCAGACCAGGCCAUCAUGGAUUUGAACCUGCCCACUGGGAUCCCCAUCGUGUACGAGCUGGACCAGGCACUGAAGCCCACCAAGCCUAUGCGGUUCCUGGGAGAUGAGGAGACAGUGCGGAAGGCCAUGGAAGCUGUGGCUGCACAGGGAAAGGCUAAGUGAGGGUGGGUAUGGCAAUAAAGACAACUCUCUGCA